AUGGAGUUCUGCAUGCAACUCUCUCUGGUUUUAGUUCUUUCUGUGUUUGUUGUUCCAGCAGCUGUGCUGUCAGAUUCCUCUCUGAGCUCAAAUGGGGUCUCAGAAAUCCCAAAGAAGCUGCUCAAUCGUGCCCAGAGACCCCAGGUGUUUGAUUGGAUGGUGGGAAUCAGGAGGAAAAUACAUGAAAACCCAGAACUGGGUUAUGAGGAAUUUGAGACCAGUGAGCUGAUCAGAGCAGAAUUGGAUAAAAUGGGUAUUAAAUAUAAGCACCCAAUUGGGGUUACUGGUGUUGUAGGCUUCAUUGGCACCCGAAAACCGCCUUUCGUCGCAAUCAGAGCUGAUAUGGAUGCUCUGGCUAUGCAGGAAAUGGUGGAGUGGGAGCACAAGAGUAAAAAUGCAGGGAAAAUGCAUGCUUGCGGGCACGAUGCUCAUGUUGCAAUGCUUCUUGGUGCUGCAAAGAUCCUUAAAGACCAUGAGAAAGAUUUGCAGGGAACAGUUGUUCUUGUAUUUCAACCAGCGGAGGAAGGAGGAGCAGGGGCUAAGAAAAUGAUAGCUGGUGGAGCGUUAGAGAAUGUUAGUGCUAUUUUUGGGUUGCAUGUUGCUAACCACAUACCUGUUGCUGAAGUGGCCUCCAGACCUGGUCCUUUUUUUGCUGGGAGUGGCUUCUUUGAAGCGACAAUAAGUGGAAAAGGCGGUCAUGCAGCCCUUCCUCACCAUGCUGUUGACCCGAUACUGGCAGCUUCUAAUGUGAUUGUCAGCUUGCAACAUCUUGUUUCGCGUGAAGCUGAUCCACUCGACUCGCAGGUAGUCACCGUUGGAAAGUUUCAAGGAGGUGAUGCAUUCAAUGUUAUUCCAGAUUCUGUCAAAAUAGGUGGUACUUUCCGUGCAUUUACAAUGAAAAGCCUAAUGCAACUCAAGCAGCGGAUUAAGCAGGUUAUAACAGGACAAGCAUCUGUACAUAGGUGCAUCGCAACUGUCAAUUUCUUUGAAGAUGAGAAACCUAUUUCCCCCCCAACCAUAAACCAUAACGACUUACAUGAACACUUCCGAAAUGUAGCUGGAGAUAUGCUUGGCUUCCAAAAGGUCAAAGACCAUGAACCGUUGAUGGGAUCCGAGGAUUUUGCAUAUUACCAAGAGGCAAUACCUGGAUACUUUUUCUUGCUUGGAAUGGCAGAUGACGCACUUGGACCCCUGCCUACACCUCAUUCACCACACUUCCGAAUCAAUGAAGAUGCACUUCCUUUUGGUGCUGCGCUCCAUGCUGCUUUCGCUGUUAGGUAUUUGCUCGAGUUUCCACAGGAAGUUCCUUCGCCAGCGCAAGAACACCACGAUGAAUUAUAACAAGCUCAUUGAUUAAUUUGUUGGUUCGAACGUUACCUAGUCUUCAUAUUCACCGGAGGAUUCCAUAUUGCAGCAACUGUGCAUUGUAUGAUUCGUUCCUUGGAAAAAUAUACAUUCAUGUAUCAACAUUAGGUUAUGAUCAAUGUUGUAAUUUUCGGAUAA